ACCGAAGCCCAAUCGUCUAAUGGUCGAAUGAUAGUUUCGCCGAUUGCCGCAAGAAUGGCGGCGGAAAACGGCAUCGAUCUGAAAACCGUGAACGGUUCAGGACCGGGCGGACGCAUCAUUAAACGCGACAUCGAAGAAGCGAUGGCGGGCGGCGGAAAAGCGGAAGUCGUUGCGGAAAUCGAAGAACCCAAAGCCGCACCGAGUUUUUCUGCAUCGCCAGUUCAAGGUGCUAGUGCAUACCGCGAAGAAAACACUUCCAAGAUGCGUCAGGUCAUCGCCUCGCGUUUGGCAGAAUCCAUCGGACCGAUUCCGACGUUUUAUCUGACGGUCGAGAUCGAAAUGGACAAUGCGCUCGAAUUCCGCAAGCAAAUUAAUGCUUCGAUUCCCGAAGCCGACAAGGUUUCCGUCAACGACAUCAUCGUUAAAGUCACCGCGCAGGCAUUGACCAAACACGCGUGGGCAAACGCUUCGUAUCAGGACAAGACGAUUCGUUUCUACGAAGAUGCCGACAUCGGCGUGGCGGUCGCCAUCGAAGACGGACUUAUCACACCCGUUAUUCGUGCCGCGAACCGCAAAGGCAUUGUCGAGAUUUCCGAAGAGAUCAAGGAAAAAGCCGGACGUGCGCGU